CCCUCCACCACCACGACCGCCACACCUACACCCGCGUGCAACCUAACCAUGGAGGAGCUCGACGCGUUUGUCAACCACGUCGCCGGGGAGAACGGGUGGACGGAAGACCAGACCAAGGACGUGGUGGUCAUUCUCGUCCGCGAGGGCGUCAACUCGCUCUAUGACCUCACAUGCAUGCAUGAGAUCGACUGGAGGGACAUGGGCCUCCCUGUUGUCAUGCGUCGCCAUCUCAUGACUGCUCUGCAGCAACUUGUCGCUGCAAAGGGCCCGCUGCCCAAGCCAUACCUCACCACGCCGCUGCCCUCGCCUCGCGCAGAUGACCCCACGCCGCUCAUCCCCAUCGCUCGCCCGGCUACAGCCGCCACAGCCGCCACGGGCGCCGCCGCCGCCGGCCCGAGCCCGAGCCCGGUCUCGGCCCCAGCUCCAGCCACCUCGACCGCAACUCCGCCCAUCUCCGCCAUCGGAUCCGUCCAGAACGCGUCGGCCCCGUCGCAUCCGCUCGCGCGCUCUGCUGCUGCAGCCGAGCCUGCUCCAGCGGCUGGUGGCGCCGAGGACGAGACGGUGGCGCUGAUUGCGGCAGUCUCGGCUUCGCUCUCGGCCGACGGUGCUGCUGACGACAACAAUCAAGACGACGAGGCGCAAGCGUCCGAGUCGGGCUCGACGCCGCGGGUCGUCCCGUCGACUCCGCCGGCCAUCCGCGCGCCCUCGCACGUCGACGUCUUUGCUGACGAUGGGGAGGACUCGUGGCAGCCCGACGUCCACUCCCACGUCGCUGCAGAGGGCGGCGUCCUCCGUGACGCCGGCCACGGCACCACCCUCGGCGAGGUCUCGGAGCCCGCCGUCUCGCCCCCGCCCGAUGCCGCGCAGCCGGCUGUGGCCAAGGCCAAGGCCAAGACCAAAACCAAGACCAAGAUCAAGACCAAGAGCCGCAAGAAGCGCUCCAAGUCGCGGACCAACUCGGCCACGUCCGACGCGCCGCUUCCCGACGGCUGGGAGGUCAAGAUCGAUGCCAACACAGGCCGCAAGUAUUAUGUCGACCACGUCAACCGCAAGACCCAGUGGAAGCGGCCGACAGCAGCCAGCCCCGCCCCGGCGCCCGCACCCGCGCCCGCGCCCGCUCCGGCGCCUGCCCCUUCCCCCGCUCCGGCGCCCGCAUCCAACCCCACCCCGGCUCCGACUCCGGCGCCCGCGCCUGCGCCUGCGCCUGCGCCUGCGCCCGCACCGCCGCCGCGCACCAACUCGGUUGCGCAACCGCCCACCGGCGAGAACACCCCCACUACCGACGAGGACGAGGGCUGCGUCAUCAUGUAACACCCAACGCCAGGUCGUCCGUUUACUGUCUCGCCUCGCGGCGGUUAACCUCCUCCAUCAGCUGCAGCUUAACGUCGAGCGAGAGCGCAGGAUCGUCAAUAAAGUCGUAGGCGGCAGCA